AUGCAAAAAAUUGCUGUCAUGCAGCCAUCCGAAAAAGAGCGAAUAUUCGCGAUCACUGGGAACCACUCCGAAGUAACGGGCAAGUUUGACAAAGUCUUUCCAUCGAAAGUCUUUCUCCGGUUUGGCAUUCCACUGUCUUUUCGAUUGCAGAUACUUUUUGUAGCGGCCCACAUGUUUCUUCAACUGUUUCUCAUGAUGAUGAUAUACGUCGUAGCCUACAUGGAAGGUUGCCCCGUCAAUGCAUUCAUUUGGAAAGACGAUCACAGCCGGAUUGUCCCUCGGUAUCUUCGAGAUGGGCAGUUUCUUUUUUGA